CCAAAAAUUAAGCUCAGUAUUAUUCAGUAUCAUUGGAAUUUCAUGAAUGUGGUGUUUUCAAACUGAAACUUAGAACUGAAAGUGAACUGAAACUAUAAACUAAAGUGGAAACAUUGUCGCAGGUACGAUAGGUUACGAAGUCGGCACGGCUAUUUUACGAGGUGAACACCGAACACGACAAAAUCCCGAGACGGACCAUAUGGACAAGAUGGAGGGAAACAAGGUUUGAAAAUUGCCGAUUUUAGGGUGAUAUUUCUCUUAUUUCUGUACUGAUUUUCAAAUUAUUGAUAUUUCAAAGGAGAAAGCAAUCCUACCACUGGACUAUGACGAUGAUGAUAGCUCAGACGAGGAGGAAGACGAAGAAAUCUUUGACAACAGGUAUAGAUCAUGUCGUCUGGUCGGACACGUCUCUCAAAACCACCUUGUUGUUUCUCAUGAGUGCUUCAUGCUUCUUGUUUGUAGAUUGCCUAUGUAGGUGCAGAAAAACGUAAAGUUGAUGUAGCUCUUGCUUUUCCACGUAUUGUGUUUGCAAACAAAUGUAAAUUUCUCCUGUUCUCCAUGCUUUUUAUAGCGUUUAUAUAUAAAGCCGCAAAUAAUAUUUGAAAUGUGAUAUUCACAAAUGAGAACACAGGACAUAACUCCCAGGAGACAUGAUUCAAUCGUGUGAUUGUUCCAGCUUCACAUUAAAUGAACUUUGCAUAUAUUUGUGUAAUUAUUAUUAUUUAUAAUUAUCAACAAUUCAGCAUAGUAUUUUAUUAUGCAAAAAAAUUUUAACCCUCAAUUUUAACCAGUAAAAUUUGAUGGUCAAAAACUGAAAAGAUUGGCUGCAGAUGUGGGGAAUAAAAAAAAACAACACUCUGUGCAAAAAUCCAAAAUCACAAAUGUGAGAAAAUUUGCUAAAUUCAGGGUGUCAGGCAGAAAAAAAGGUUUUGUCCGUUAAACGUAAAUUGGGAAAGUUUUUUUGACCGAUCAAAGUCCUUGUGUAGGAAUAAAUAGUGUUUUUUUCCAACGUGUUUCUUUUUAGAUGCAAACAACGGUAGCUUGGUUUUUUACAUUUCAGUUCCGGUGAAUGAACACUGAAAAAUGCAUCCGAAGGCACUUUGUUUUGUAUAUUUCAUUUCCGGUGAAUGAACACGGAUGCACACCGAUUACACUUUGUUUUGUACAUUUCAUUUCAGUGAAUACACACCCAAUAUGAAUGAAACAUGAUACAUUUUGAGAAAAUAGUUAAUGGGAAAAUGUAAAUAAAACGUUCUUUGAUAGAAUAAUAUAAAAUCAAACGCAAUGCACUUUCUCAUCAGAAAAAAUGAAAAUCUUCCAGUAGACCCAGUUGGGAAAGCCCCUUAGCUACUUCAAUUGGGAAGAGUCCGUCAUAUGGACAGUGUAUGGGCUGGCUAACACCCUGGGUGUCACCCUUGUGAUGUCAAAUAUUCAACACCCAUUCAUUUUUUGAUGUUCAAUAUCUUGGCACAGAGUAUAUACCAUACAUAAAUAGGACCAUGUAAAAAUCCAUGACUGGCUGCCAUGCACUAUUAAACAAGAAGCACUCCUUGCCAGUGCCCUAAUGAGGCACUAACCCCCUCCUCCCCUGGCAAGUCUAAAACAGGUCUGCCAUUGUGAAUAUGUCCAGGGGGGUGACAACCUCUCCCUCAUGCAUUGGCUAGAAAAGGAACAUGGCAGCUGGUUAUGCUGACGUUAAACAUGCCGACAAAAAGUCAGAUGAUCUCAGUUUGCACAAAACAGCUAUGCAUGAUAACAUGCUGAACAUUUAAUAUAAUCCCAUGUUGGCCAACAGAGCUCAGUUCAAGAUUACAUUAUAAGAUUCACACAUGAACAAGUAGCUUCUGAAUCAAUGAAGAUUUCUUGUGGUACAUUACUAAAAUGUAUGUUGAGAAAAUUGACUGGCUUUUUUACCAAUGUGGUUUUCCAAUAAGGAAAGGCAUUGUAGAAUGUUUUGAUAAGGUAAGUUUUUCCUCAGUUAAUUUAAGAAAAGUAUUUUAAUUAAUGUCAGAUCAUUAAUGUUAUAAAUGUAAUGUAACAAUUCAUAAUAAUAAAAGUAAUAAGAGAGUUUAGUGGACAUUCAUCAUUAAUAAAUUUGCUGAUGAAGUGAGUCAUGAUUUUUGUUGUAUUAAUUUAUUUCUGUACUUUUCUGUGUACAAACUAACAUAAUCUCGAGAUGUCUGGAUUAUUAUCAUUCAUGGUGAAUCUCGGGAUGUCUGGAUUAUUAACGUUCAUCAUUCAUUGUGAAUCUCGAUUUGUUGUUUUAUUAGCAUUCAUCAUUCAUGGUUAAUCUCGAGAUGUUUGGAUUGUUAACAUGCAUCAUUCAUUUCUCUAGUAAAGUUGAUUGGCGAGUGAAAGGGAAUCUUCUUCGAGGAAAAGAGUUUACGGUUUCAGAAAAUGGCAACUGCCCAAGAUGUCAGAGCACUGUUAUAGUUUUUGUAAUCCUAGAUGAGUAUGUUCAUAAUCACUUGGAAUAAAAUCAUUAUGUUAAUAAUUAUAAUAUUAUGUUUGUGAUGUUACUCUGAGUGCAUAUCCACACCGGGCAAGCUUGAAAAAUAUGCCUGACCACGGUGGGAAUCAAACCUACGACCUUUGGAAUAGUAGCUCAGUUGGUAGAGCAUUGGGCUAGGAUUCCAAAGGUCGUAGGUUUGAUUCCCACAGUGGGCAGGCAUAUUUUUCAAGCUUGUCUGGGAUGUGGAUAUAGACUCAGAGUAACAUUGCAAACAUCAUAUCCACCUUAGUACAUUGCACCAACACACACAAAUCACAAUUAUAAUAUAACCAUUUUUCAAUUGUACAAAUUGCAUUUGUGGUAAUAACUACCUGUAUUCCAUAAAUUUUGCACUUACCAUUCCACAGUAAUUGUUCUAAAUUAUGUCUUUACCUUUUAAGGACACCUCUCUACUUGGUUGUUUUGUCAAAUGAUGACCCCAAAGUGAUUUUUACAUGUUUGAACACAUGCCCAAAUUUCACUUGAACAAUUUCUAGGUUAUUUCCGAUGGGUGAUAUGCCUGAAAUUUUAUACAAUCUUCUUGCAAAAGGAAAGGCAGUGUUGUGGUCUAGCCAAGAUAAACAGUCUUGUAAAGUAAGCUGGAUUUGGUUGUUUAUAACAUUCUGUUUGCAAGAAAACAAUUGUUUGUUUGUUUGUUAUUCCAUUAUUUUCUGUGUAUUUCUCGAAAAUUCAUCUUGCAUGCAUUUCUGCUUCAGAAAUCUCCAACAUUCAUGUGUAGAGGUUUUUGCCCACCAGAUCCACUUGGAGCAGGAUUCAACAUUAAUUGGGACACAGUAAAUUUAACCAAAUUACUCAAAGACUUGUUGAAACUGGUAGGUAUUUUCACCACACUAAUAAAAGGUACCAAACAUUACCAUAAUAAACAAGUGCAAACAAUCUGUAGAUUAUAUAAAUUUUUAAUUUCAUUAACAUUUUAUGAGUUACUGGUUUAGACUAUUCACAAAAGUACCAGUAUAUAGUACAAUUUUCACAAAAUUACAAUGUAAAGAUUCGAGUUUGUACUUCUCAAAUUUUGUAGUGUUUUACCAUUACUGAGUAUUGUUGCAAUUUAAUUAAAUGUGUAACACAUGUGACCUUUGCUAUAAACUGACAAUAUUGCUUGUUUUUUCUCCUCAAAUUUUCCAAAGAACACAGCCAAAGCUCAAAAAAAGCUGCAGGAAGGUGAAAAAGGUAUUCUUCUGGAAGAUAUUUGUGUAAAAAUCUGUAUCCAAAAGUACCAUAUGAUACUUCCCUUGUAUUUUAUACCAUGUACAAAUUUGGCUGGUUAUAUAUUCACAGUCACAAGAUUCUUGUUUAAACUUUGUUCUUAUCUUAUAUCUUUGCUAGGUGAGGAAACAUUUAACAUGAAAUUUGAAAGACGAGUACAGUAUAUAUAUUAAAUAGGGACACAAUCGUGUACAAGAACGUAAAUAAUAGUUGCAUUAGGAAAGCUGAACUUAGGUAUGAAAUUUUUGAACGGUUGAAGUUGAAUUUUUGAACGGUUCAAGUUGAUCAAGGUAACUACUGUAUAUAUAUAUCGUAUUUUCCAUAAUUUCUUAAAUAGAGAUAUUGCAGUGGCAUUAGGUUUAUUUACAGACCUUACUGUAUGAAUUUUAACAAGCAAUUUUGGCCAUCCGUCAUCUUAGGAUGAGCUAAAAGUUAAACUAAAAUGAAAAUGCGUGUCCUGCCUACGGUCAGGGUCUAAAGUAAUUAAAUAUAGUCAUGGACAAUGGACAUGUAUUAUUCAAUCCAUUUCGGUCAUUCAAAGAGUUCAAGACUAAGCUAAAGCUAUAUAGACUAUAGUAAAUAAUAUGGUCUAUGGACAUGUAUUAUUCCAUGUCGAUCAUUCAAAGAGUUCAAGACUAAGCUAAAGCUAACUUAAUGAAUUUUAUAUUCAUACAGAUAUUUUUUACUUGCCACUAUUCUAUAAUUCUACGUAUUAUUCAACAACCACACCAGUAACAACUUUAACAACUGUAACCACAGCAACAACAGUGAAACAAUGAUCACGUUGGAACUUUGCGCAAUUACAUGUACGCUUAGCGCACCUAUUUUUACUUGUGUAGCAGAAGGGAACGAAGGUGAAGACGAGGAUGUGAACGAAAAGGACAUCAUCAAAGCCAUGUUGGCGAAGGAGCAAGAGAAAGAGGACACGGAAGAACCGCUUCACGGACCUUUGAAAGAAGACGAAACUCCGAAAUCAACAUCUUCGGAAACUGUCGUAACCACCUCAACUACUCCCGUCACAUCUUCGUCGGCUACUUCUGCUGCAAGCUACCCUGUUUCUAAGGACGGUUCAUGCCCGCAUUGCGGGUCAUCUGCUGUAAGGUACAUCAUCUUAAUCAAGGACUCGACCAAGGAUAUAACACUGCCACCAACACUAGACAAAUUACUGAAGAUGGGCAAAGCUUUCAAAAUGGCCAAGGGUAAGUCAAAGUUGACUGUAACAUACUCAAUUAUAACGUAUAUAUACAUGUAUUCAGUUUCAUUGCACUUCUUACCUCAUUUCUUUAGAUUUCUCUACUAAAUUUAUGUAUUUCACUAAUUAAACAUUUUCUAAGCGCAAGAGUGAAAGACUAAAUUACUAAAGAACAAAUUUAUGGCGUACUUCCACACACGAAAGUUAAUACUAGUUGGUUUACCAUAGACACAAACAUCUCGGAAAUAUACAUAUGCUACAAUUGAUCGGUUUACCUAAAAAUGUUUGCUUUCAUAUAUUGAACGAUGCCUAAGUUUUAGUGUCCUAGAUAAGUUUUUGACUUGCUCCAGGUCGAACUCUACUAAGCUUUGUCAUCUCGAUGGCUUGGUUGAGAAAUGUAAUCAGAAGCACAACCGGGCGAACGCGAGCGACAAAGUCGCAAAUACCUUCCUCGAAAAUUCCUUUGUUUUUGUUGCUAAUUAUAUCAACAAAGACGAAGAACUUUGCGAUCAGUUAGUAUAACGCUUUAUGGAGUCAUUUGCGCUGCAUGGUGACAAUACGAAUGCGCCUUUUACGAAGAAUUUAGGGUGAAAAAUAUGGUGUAAGAUGUGAACGGUAAGGUUUAUCGUAUGCAUGUAAUGUAUACGUUUAUCGCAUAUAACCAUUGUGCACAAUUUUCUAUUGUCUUGAACGUAUUCAUUGUCUGCACAGCGUUAUUUAUGUAUUACCUUUCCCAGGUGCAAACAGUCCUCCGUCGUUUCAAUGUUGUUCAUGUACGUAUGGCUUCAACUUGGACUGGUCUAAAACAAAUCUUAAAAAGAUCUUCAAUCUCGAGAAUGAAACAACAUCGAGUAGCACGGCAACGACGUCAACAACAGCAACCAGCAGCAGUAGUAGUACAGCAGUAUCCUCUACAACAUACCAGAAUUACACAGCUACGUCAUAUCCAGCUACUUCUUAUCAGACGUGAGUUCAUUUAAGCCGGUUACAGACGAGCAAGUUUUCUAUGACAAGUUUUUAUGUGACAAGAUUUAUUUGCCAAAUGCACUUGUGUAUAUGCAACAAAUUUUAUAUGACAAGUUUUCAUAUGACAAGUUUUACUUACUGGUGUGAACGUGUCAACAAGUUUACUUUGACAAUUUAUUAGUAGCCAGCUGGUCAAUCAAAUGCUCAGAUUACUUUGACAAGUUUUCUUUGUUGACCCAUCAAACGAACAAAAUUUGUACUUUGACAAUUUUUUCUAUGACAAGUGCACUUGUUCAAAAGCUAGUAUGCUAGCUUUUGAACAAGUGCACUUGUCAUAGAAAAAAAUGUCAAACUUGCGCGUACAGACGAGCAAAUAAAACUUGUCACAUAAAAACUUGUCAUAGAAAACUUGCUCGUCUGUAACCGGCUUUAUAGAGAGUGUACACCCAUUCUUGUUCCAUAGCUCGCGGGUAGAACCCUGCAGAUGUUUCUUCUUUCCAAUGAAUAGCGGUUUUGAGAGCCAACGAGAGUUCGUUUUAAGGUCAACUGCGUCUGUAUGACCUGUGCUAAUUUCACAGACUAUAGAACAAGAACAAUAGUAAAUAAGGCCCGUGUUUCAGACGGCGUACUCUUCAUGUGCCGAACUUAAUUAUAUUAGAUUCAAGGUUGGGGCACAUCGCGAGCGAAACCUAAAUAAAUAAACAAACAAACAAACAAACAAACAAACAAACAAACAAACAAACAAACAAACAAACAAACAAACAAACAAAAACAAACAAACAACCUAAACCAAAAUAACAUUCAAAACAAAUAAGUCUAUUUUUAAAUUACAAGAUGGCUAAUCUAAUACUAGAACAAAUUUUAAAAAGUUGAGUUAGGUUUGGCAUAUGAGUGGAGCGGCGUAUGAAUCAAUGUCACUCCAACGUCGCAUAAUGCGAGAUUCUGCCGAACCUUUGUCGAACUUUUGUCGCUCCAAAUUCGGGCAUAUUUAAUUGAUUCAUAUGUCGCUCUUCUGUCGUACAUAAUUCGUCAAAUAACAAUGCAUGAAGCGUACGCCGUCUGGAACGGGCCUGGAAAAGAUUAAACCAUGGUUCGUAGUCUCCAAGACCAAAAAAUCACAGACUUCCAAAAAUCUGUCAGCGUAUUUUCAAAGACUGUUCAAACACCUUUGCAAUCAGCUUUUGAAAAAUUGCGAUGUAUAAGCGCUAUUUUCAUCCGGCAUUUCAGCAAAAAGGUCGGGUCAAAUUAAAUCACAUCCUAAAAUGCGCCUGUAGAUAUCAAAUACUCGCUAAUGAAUUUAAAGACUUUCGCUUUUUCAUAUAAUUCCAAGAUUUUUCAAAGACCUUAAAAACCUACAUUCAAAUUGAAAGACUUUCAAGGAUUUCAAAGAUCGCUACGAAACAUGUAAAAAUACUUCGACGAACUUUCGUCAACAAAGGGUACAUUGGAGCUAGUUACAUCUGAGAUAAACCUAACCAACUAUUGCUUUUUAUUUCCAGUUCCAGUUACAACUCGUACACAUACACCCAACCUCCUCCCAUGGCUUACCCUGCACCUGUGCCAUACAGCUACCCAAGCCCUGCACCUUUGAUGGCACAACCAAUGACGAGUAUGAUGCCUCCACCCCCUAUGGGCGGUAUGGCACCCCCACCCUAUGGUGCCCCAAUGCCAUAUCUCGGAGCACCACCCCCACAGCCGUAUCCGGGCAUGCCUCUUCAACCCUAUGGCCCCACUCCACCACCUGGACCUUUCAUGUGCCCACCACAACCCUACCCUGGAGCUCUACAAAACCAAUUUGGGCCAAUCCCACCGGGAAAUAUGCCACCCCCGGUGUCUACUUUUCAACCACCAACGAGUACAGCCCCAAUGUACGGCAUGCAACCAAUCAUGUCGGGAAAUAUGAACUUUGGCGGCAAUAUUAGAGGAAAUAUGGCUGGUAAUAUGCAAGGAAACAUUCCUGGAAUUAUGUCCAUCAACAUCCCUGGACCCAUGCAAGGACCUGGUCCCAUCAUGCAAGGACCUGGACCCAUGCAAGUACCCCGCAUGCAAGGACCUGGACCCAUGCAAGGACCUGGACCCAUGCAAGUACCUGGACCCAUGCAAGGACCUGGACCCAUGCAAGGACCUGGACCCAUGCAAGUACCUGGCCUCAUGCAAGGACCUGGACCCAUGCAAGUACCUGGCCUCAUGCAAGGACCUGGACCCAUGCAAGUACCUGGCCUCAUGCAAGGACCUGGACCCAUGCAAGUACCUGGCCCCAUGUCGGUAACCCUCAAAGCCCGAUCAACUUUCCUGGAAACGUGCAAGGCAUGCCCAGACUUCGUGUGCCGAAAGGACAUGCACCGAAAGGACAUGCACCGAAAGGACGGAAUAAAAAUUGGAAGGGAAAGAAGAAGGGACAGCAAGGAUCCUAUGGUAAUCAUGGAAACUUUGCAGGACAAGAACAGGUUAGAUGUGCAAGGGUUCUACAUCAUAACACGAGUUUGACACGUGAUAAUUGAGGUCUUACUGCAAUAAAGUCUCAGUUAAGUUGAUUCCGACCACCUUUGCACAAAGGACGAAUUUGGACCGGUACUGAAAAACGUGGACGAUUCCACUUUUUGGGAAGUCUUCUAAUUUCGGGAGAACGUCAGAACGGUCUGAAUUCGUCCCAGACGUUUCCUAAAACCAAUGUUGACAAGUUACAAACAGUAGCCAUACUUUCGUUUCAGGUAGCCAAACGAAAAACGUUGUUUUAGUCUUUAGCAGUUUAGGUAGGUAUUUACAUCGCAGUUGUUGUGAACAACUUGUAACAAACUUGAUGGCAUUAUCAGAUUUGGUACAAGGUUGUUUUAACAAGUCUUGAUACAGUCAUGAAUGAUAUAACAAGAAUGUUACAAAGUUGACGACACAAGGUUGUAACAAUAUUGUUAUACCAUGGCUGUAUCGGACUUGUUGGAAUAACCUUGCAACAAGUCCGAUAAUAUCAACAAGGUUGUUACAAGUUGUCAACAGCUUGUUCCAAACUUGGGACAACAGUGCGAACACAACUUGUUGACGGCUUGUUGGCAGACUUGCUACAAGAUGUGAGAUUUUUGCGUGUAAACUGACUCCCACGUGAGGAAAGCGUGCCUGUAUAUUGUAUUUUUGUGACUGCAUCACUCAUAAAACCAUGCACAACAUCCCCAAAUGUGCCUCUCUAAUGCUGUAAACCGUUAUAGCCAACUGGUGGUAGCCAGCUCCACUGCCUUCACCUGAUUUUUAGUUGGCCUAUGGAAAGAUAUACGGACUAUUUAACAAUUAUUCGCCGAAGGCAAGGUGAUUAUCGGGGAAUGUUCGCCGAGACGAGGUGAAUAUUCCCCGAUAAUCACCGAGCCUGAGGCGAAUAAUUGUUUUAGUAUUUUUACACAAAUUUUUUGGAACUGAAUUUAUUUUAAUUUCGCUUAUUUCUUUAUCCGUAACUUCCACAAAACGGCUUGGCGGCCAUUUCGAAAAUUUUGGUUUUGUUAUGUUCACCUGUAGGUGAAUAUAACAGCGUAAUACGUCAAAUUUGACCAAUCAACUUGUAGGAUUUGUUAUGUUCACUUGUGCAAAAAUACUAAUACGAUUUAUGCAUGUUUAUUUCUGUUUUCAAAAAUUGUCAUGUCUGUAAGGGUAACAAAGUUCAAAAAUUCCAAUACGUUGAAACAAACAUUUCCUUGUUCUUUUCCGUUACCUAGUGGUCCCCCGUCGACAGCGAGUCACAUGAGGAAUUAGAUGGUGAAGAAGGUACAAAUGAGGAUCUCUAUGACCCAGAGACCGCGACGAGGUUUGAAGAACUGUUGAAUAAAAUUGACGAGCAUGAGAAUGACGAAGAUGCCGGAGAUCACGAGGACGAAAAGCCGCCCGGAGAAGAGACCCAGGCGGAAUUUGAAGUAACUGCAUUUACACCGGAUGAGAAACCUGCAGAAGCCAUUGAAACUACCGUGAAAAACAUUGACAAACCCAAGUCGAAUGUCGAAAACACUUUAACUGAAAAAUCUGAAGCAAUGCAACGAGACGUUACAACAGUUACUGUAAAUAAUACGAGCUCGACCGAAGUUGCCACUACUGCACCCGAAACAGCAAAGCCGAAGGUUUCCGAACCCGCAAGCACUCCUGAGAAUAAUACUCAAGGGAAUGACACUCAGGCAAUUGUGACGUCAGGGGUUGAGAGCGGAGGGGUUGAGAGUGGAGGACUGGAGGCGAGUCCGAUGCCUCGAACGAAAGCAGUACGGGGAAGAAAACGUCAAGCAGCUGGCGGGCGAAAAAAGACGGCGCGAAAUACGAAAACCAAGAAGGCGGUGGAGGAUAUUGCGGGACCCGAGGAAGGACUAGGGAAUAAUAAUGAUACUGAUGGAUUGACAGGAACAGAGGAUGAAGUAAAGAAAGCGAAAGUAGAUGAUGGUGAACUAUCACAAGAAAGUACGGAUGCAGAUGAAAGUAUGGAAGGGGAGACCCCCGAGGACACUAAACCCAAGAGGGUGACGCGUGCACGCAGUCAGAGACGAAAGAAGUAAACAUUGACGUUGUUCUCACAGUGGUUGUUCUGCAGUGUUUUCAGUAGAAGUUGUAUAGUGUAAAUAGAUAAGAUGGAGUAUUCGUGUUCGCCAGGACUGCUUAUUAACAAUGCGAUAAAUUGCCUGGGAACGAGCACGAUGCUGACUCUUCGAAGAAUAAGUAGGGUGGUUUUAUUGCAGCUAUUUUGACCAGCGCGCAAGCAAUCUGAUUUAUUUAGUGUUCAUCUCUAAUUCAAGUUGCUUGCAUGUGGUUGAGUGAACGCAUGUGUAUAUACAGCAGAGGGAGUGACCCUACACCCAUUGUUACAUGCUGGUAUACAAGUCUUACACAAGCAGAUACAUUAAUUGAAAGUAUUUCAUUAAUAGUAUUAUCGCAAAGAACUUUCGCAAUACCAGUAACAUUUGAACCAAAAUCUUUUUUAACAAACAUUAUUAUUGUACUUUAUUAUGUUUUGUUUUUAAAACGUGUUGUGAUUAUUUGCAUGUUGGAUACACAUUAAAACUUGGUCAAGUGUGUCUUUGUUAUAGGAUUACAAUAUAUUAGAGGAUUACAAUAUAUUAGAGGAGGGUUGCGUUUUAACGGUAUCAUGUUGGGUUACGUGUUCGUUCUGUCUCAAAAACAUUACUUGUUCAUGGGAGCUGAAACAGAUUGUGAAUCACAAAUGCUACAUUUCGCUACGGCAUCGUUAAUGCACGGAUAACGGGAAUUAGGUUAGCACUGCAUAUGUUGUCACUGCAAAAUGACAGUACAUUUCAAAAUGACAGUACAUUUCUAUGCUUAGAUAUAUAUAUAUAUAUAUAUGAGGACUAUUUCGUGUGAAGUAUUUUUGAAGAAAACCCACACUUGUCAAACUUUUAAGUUGAAAAGAUAUAUCCAUUUAUCCACCAUUUCCUAUGCCUGGUUUGACUAUUUUACCCUUUCAUUUGAUGUUAUAAAAUUUUCACGUUGAAAUGUCUUUUUGGCUUGCAUUGUGACCAAAGUGUUUUGUCCGAUUCGCCUUUGGAAUGCCCACCACAGCCAGCUAUCUGGUUUUAUCUAUACCUGACAUUUACCUGAAGUAAUGCUUUGGUCUCUGACGAUCACCUCGCCCUUUCUGGGAAUUUCUGGUGGUUAGUAAUCAUCGUGAGCACUGGAAGUGUCUCCUGGACAAUUUUCCUUCAAGUCCUCGUCAUCUGAAGAACAAAAAGAUAAACCAUUUGUGAUUUGGUCAAAGGUAAGAUGCGAAUCUGUUGAGCUUACUUUGAAAUUCGCGAUGAUCCCACCUGUAAAUGACGUGCCACACCAGAUACAGUAAAGAUGAACUCGUCUCAGAUAUUCUGUAAGUAUGACCAGUUUCUCUGAACUCU